GGGUGGAAUGGGGGGAGGGGCACACGAGAAUUCCUGUAUUCACGCAGCAGAAGGAUUGAGAUCCAAGUUUCCUGGGGACCCCAAGAGCCGUCCUCUGCCCCAGUCUCCCACCCCCAAGGUACCAAGGCCAGACACCUGACUCCCAAAGAGUGAGGAGAGGAAGUUUUCAAUGUGGCCCCUCCCCCUCCCCCUUCCGCUCUCUACCCAGCUGGGUUCCUCUCAGGGGAGUAAUGAUUUUACUUCCUGUUGCUCUGGAACCUUCCCCAUGAAGAACAGACAGUCCCUGCCCCAUAUCUGCGGCCAGAUCCCAAGGUUGGGGGGAGCGUCUGUCAUGGGGAAAGAUGUCCAUGAUGCUCGUGACCCAGCCCCUCUGCCCAGGUCCAAGAGCCGGGCCUUGGAUUCCCCCGGGGCUGGUCAGUGACCACUGGCCCGUGUACCUGGAGGAUGCUCCAGUCCAAGGAUUCAGGAGAUGGACAUCUACUGGAGGGGGAGAGGCUCACCGAGCUGAGACUCCGUCUGUUGAGGACCCGAGGUCUGUGGCAGAUCCCACAACUGGAUGCCCGGAGUUCUCUAGACAUCCUGGCCCUGCAGCCCCCAGGGAGUUUCCUAGUCACAGGGUUUGGCCUGAGCCUGGCCCUGACGAUGAAUACAGACCCCCACCCGGAGGCUGUGGGAACCUUCCGGAUUCUGGAGACCCCUGCAGGGACAUCCUGCCGCAGCCCCUGCUUCCUCCCCCCAGAUCCCUGGGGCCUGGAGUCCCUCUUACUGAGCCUCUCCAGAUUGGCGCGGUCUGGAUCACCUCCACCAAAGGGGCCCUCUCCGUGGUGAAUCCCCUGUACUUAAGGGACCAUGGGCCCUGGGAGCCCGAAGAGGAGAACUCUUCAGAGCCAGUUCGGAAGGAUGCCCUCGCCCCUCAACCUCUGGGCCCUCACCGAGUCUCCUGGAUAGAGGGUUCUCCUAGUGCCAAGACAGAGCCUGAGGCCUGUUGCCUCUACAGCCUGGAGGAAGGGGAAGACAAGCUGGUGGAGGCUGGGGAGGCCCAGGAUGAGAAGGGGGAGGACUGGGAGCCGGGGGGUGGGGUGUACCAAAGAGUGCAGGCUCUGGCCCAGGCUCGGGGCAGCCUCGUGGCCAAGCAGCACCGAGCCCUUCAGGCCAGGCUCAGGGAAGCCCAAGGGGGUCCCUGUGGGCCAGAGGCUGGGGACCCAGCUACUGAGCUGCUGCAGGACAUUCGUCAUCUCCUUACUGACCUCAAGGAUCACCUGGUGAAUGACCCAGAGGUCCAGGCUGCCUACAGGGCCAGGCCGGCCCCACCAACUCGGGACCAUGAGGAUCUCGAAGCCAUGGUGGAGGCAGCUGUGUGCUGGGUGGUGCUCAGGCCCCUUCAGCCCGUCCUGUGGACCAAGCUUCGCAUGCUAAGAGCUCAGGAUCUGCAGCAGCUGCAGUGGCAUCAGGAGGCGAUGCGGGCCCGGGCGCUGCAGGAAGGCCCUGUCCCCAGCCCGACCAGGCACCGCAUCCAGGCCCGCCUGGCUCGCCUGCACACCGUCUGGGCCCCGCAGCGCAAGGUGGCCCUUCUGCUGGCCAUCUGCAGGGAUGUCUAUGAGGGCCUCGCCCAGAGUGGGAGCCAGGAACCCCUGGGGGCUGAUGACUUCUUGCCAGCGCUGACAGAGGAGCUUCUGUGGAGUCCAGACAUCGAGGCCACCCAGUUGGACGUGGAAUUCCUGAUGGAGAUUCUGGACCCUGCAGAACUGCUGGGGGAGACUGGGUAUUACCUUACCACUUGGUUUGGGGCCCUUCACCACAUAGCCCACUUCCAGCCAGCAGCGUCUGGGCCAGCCCCGAAGGGCCUCAGCUAUGAGGCCAGGGCCUCCAUCCGACUUUGGCAACGCCGUCGGACGCUUCACACCUCGGACUGCACUGUGGCCAGCCCAUCCAUGCAACUCGAGAGACCUUGGGAAAUCCUGGAACAGGACCAGUCUGGAGCUGAGAUUGGCAGCCUGCCAGGGGCAGCUGCUUCCUUUACCACCAGUGACCUGUGACCCAUGACAAUCACAGCUCAGAGAUGUUCCCCUGUCUCCUGCCUGCCAAGCUCAGUCUUCCCUAACCCUGCCCCAUCCGAAAACAAGAGUACUUGAACACUAA